AUGGCAGAACACCAGAGCCGACAUGAGGACGAGUGGGAAUUGAGGAAGGCAGAAGCGACCAUUCAGCGCGAAGCAAGGAAGGCUAGAUAUGCCGGUCAGCCACAGAGAUGGCAAGGAAGUCGCGAAGACGAAGAGAGGCGCACAAGGAGAGAGGCCGCAAAGCAAAAAGCCGAGGCCAACCGUAGUGCCAAGGAGCAGAAGCGGCGCCAAAAGGGCCAAAGACAGAAGGAGGUGUGGGGCAACACCACGGAGGAACAGCAGAGGCAAAAGCAGUUGGACAAGGCCAGCGUGACCAUUCAGAGGACUUGGCGGGCAUGGCGCAAAUACUGUCAGGAUCAGUCAGACUGGAUGGCGACAGAGCAAACAGCAGCCGGGGCGAUCCAGGUACGAUGGCGCCUCUACCAGGUCCGGCGAAAGAAGCUAGACCAGGUACGACGAGAUGCCCCCGAGCCGGAAGAGGACAUUUGGCAAUGGCUGCGAGCGCUUCUGCGCAAUACUUGCGGCUGUUGCAGAUGA